AUGGCCGAACCGCAAAUCCCAGAAUUUCGGGAGUGGGCAGGGUAUCAGGCUGCUUCGGACGGGUCCAUUCCGGCGAUUGCUUGCGAAACAUUGUUAUGGAGGAGAGCCGGUGGCCGGUCAACGCCCAAUGAGGGUGAUGAACAAUAUGGGCAACGUGAACUGCAUGGACCAACCUACGAGACGUGUUCCCUGGAUGGUUGGGAGGAUUGUGGAACAGGCGCAUCACCACCGGUCGGAGGCUUACCGCUGAACGCCACUCGUCUCCAGGAUGCUCAUGAAGUGAUCCGAAAUAAUGUGAACCCGUCGAAAGGCUAUGGGUUCAUAAAGCGCGAUUUGGAGGAAGAAGCAAAAGCUGUCGUGCUGGUCUGCGGUGGUCGGUGUUUCCUUGCUGUUGUGGUAUCAGUAAUUUAG